AUGCUCGAGAAACUACCCAACGAAGUUCUUCAUCUGGUAUUUGAGCAUCUUGCGACAACGCCCGAUCUCGUUCACUACAGUGAUGAUGAUGAUGGACAGAUUGAAUACCAUCGCAGUAACUGGAAGACUCUCGCUCAGCUUUGCAAAGUCUCGCGACAGAUGAGAAGCGUUGCGGAACCUCUGCUUUAUCGACAUUAUGCAAAGUCAGACUCUACCACGGAUCCAUACGGUCAUCACUCAUUCCGAAAAUUCCUCACUACCGUGCUCAGCCGUCCGGAGCUUCUGCAGUACAUUCGCUUUCUUGGUGACGCCUGGAAGGAGGCACUUGGUGCCAACGAAGAAGUUGCAGAGAUUGCUUUGCUGAUGAGUCUUACACCAAAUUUGGAACAUAUCGAAUUUUGCAUGCCAGAUUUUGGUCUUCGCGAGACCAGUGCUCCUCAGUAUUUCUGGCCCAGCCUGCUUGUUCCGUCAACCGGAUGGGACCCCACUCGUCAUUUUCAUCGGCUAGAAUCUGUAAUGGUACACAGAAGAGACUUGCAAACUGGGCCGCCAGUGUCUGAACGCUGUACCAAGCUAGAAGCGUUUGAUUGUGACUUCCAGCCGGAACUCAUGUUUGUCCCAGAUUUCUCAUGGAACACCAUCAAAGAUGCUUUAUACAGUAGUCGACACACUCUGGAAGAACUCACGUUGAAUGCCCACGUGAAUUCUCAGCUAGCCACUGAAGAGUAUGAAGGAUUCGAGAACCUGAUUAACGAUUUCACUCUGGCCGUACCUGCACUGCCCUUCGCUGAAAUGUUACCAAGCAGCCUUGAGAGUCUCACCAUCGAUUCGUGUACCCUCACGAUUGUACCUUACCUGGAAGACAUGUCAACCAAGCUUGAAGAACAGUUCCCGCGCCUUCAAGAAAUACGUCUCAGUAGCAUUGAUCUAAGAGUAUGGGAUAUGCCCGAACUCGAAUCUCUGUUGCAAAGCCGUAAGGAUCGUGUGGUGCGUUUGAAGGAGGUGUUUGUCAAGGCGGGUGUCCAGUGGUUACAAUAA